AUGCCGCCGAUGGGUAGGCUGGGGUCGAAGAGGAGCGUGGACGAGGAGGUGGAGGAGGAGUACGAGGUGGACGUGGUGAACGACCGGCUCGAGUCGUCUCGGAACAGCCGCCUGGCCAUCUUCCGGCCACGCCUCCGUGGCGCCGUCGACGGAGCGGAAGGCUUCGUCCACGGCCAUAUCAUCCACCCGGACAACAGGUUGUAUCAGUUAUGGACCAAGUUCAUAUUGGUUUGGGCAGUGUACAGCUCCUUCGCUACGCCCUUCGAAUUUGGCUUCUUCAGGGGACUCCCUCCGAGGCUAUUCGUCCUGGACAUAGUUGGUCAGAUUGGCUUCCUUAUUGAUAUUGUUCUCAAGUUUUUUGUGGCCUACCGCGACCCCGACACGUACCGCAUCGUAUGCAAUCCGAGCUCUAUUGCUCUCAGGUAUUGCAAAUCAAGUUUUAUUUUCGAUCUCCUUGGUUGCUUCCCAUGGGAUGCUAUCUACAAGGCAUGUGGCAGUAAAGAGGAAAUAAGAUACCUAUUGUGGAUUCGCUUAACAAGAUCUUUGAAGAUCGCAGAAUUCUUUCAUGAUUUGGAGAAGGACAUUCGUGUGAAUUAUCUGUUCACAAGGAUAGUGAAACUUAUAGUUGUGGAGCUCUACUGUACACACAUAGCAGCAUGUAUCUUCUAUUACCUAGCCACAACGGUGCCUGAAUCAAUGGAAGGUUAUACAUGGAUAGGGAGUUUGAGGUUAGGAGAUUACAGUUAUGAUAAUUUCAGGGAGCUUGAUCUUGUCAAGCUUUAUACGACAUCAUUCUACUUUGCUAUCGUCACCAUGGCAACUGUUGGGUAUGGUGACAUUCAUGCUGUAAAUGUCAGGGAAAUGAUAUUUGUCAUGAUCUAUGUUUCAUUUGACAUGAUUCUUGGAGCUUAUCUCAUCGGUAACAUGACUGCACUUAUUGUCAAAGGAUCGAGAACUGAGAGAUUUAGGGACAAAAUGAAAGAAGUUAUCAGGUAUAUGAACAGAAAUAAACUUGGGAGGGACAUAAGAGAACAAAUCAAGGGGCAUUUAAGGUUGCAAUAUGAGAGCAGCUACACCGAAGCUUCUGUUCUUCGGGACAUCCCGAUUUCUAUUCGUGCAAAGAUUUCUGAAACACUGUACAAGCAAUACAUUGAUAGUACUCCUCUAUUCAAAGGAUGCUCACCGGAAUUCAUUCAACAGAUUGUGAUCCGGCUGCAAGAAGAAUUCUUCCUACCAGGAGAGGUCAUUUUGGAACAAGGAGGUGCAGUUGAUCAGAUAUACUUUGUCUGUCAUGGUGCACUGGAAAGUGUUGGCAUUGGUGAAGAUGGUCAAGAAGAGACUAUUUUGAUGCUAGAACCUGGGUGCUCUAUUGGAGAAAUCGCUAUAAUUUGCAAUAUUCCACAACCGUACAGUGUUCGUGUUUGUGAACUUUGCAGGCUCUUGCGUCUUGAUAAGCAGUCCUUCACAAACAUAUUGGAGAUCUAUUUCAUUGAUGGAAGAAAAGUCUUGAGCAACCUCACCGAGAAUAAUGAAUACGGUGGGCAUGUCAAACUACUAGAAUCAGAUAUCACAUUUCAUAUAGGUAAGCAAGAGGCAGAGCUGACAUUAAGAGUAAUUAGCGCCGCCUUUUACGGGGACCUUCAUCAGCUGAAGAGUUUAAUACGAGCAGGAGCCGAUCCAAAGAACACUGAUUAUGAUAGACGAUCUCCUUUGCAUCUCGCAGCUGCCAAAGGGUAUGAAGAUGUUGCGCAGUUCCUAAUCCAUGAAGGUGCCGAUAUCGAUGUCACCGAUAAGUUUGGGAACACGCCUUUGCUGGAGGCAGUGAAGCAGGGGCAUGACCGGGUGGCCACAUUGUUGUUCAGCCAAGGAGCAAAGCUGAAUCUCGAGAACUGUGGCAGCCAUCUCUGCAUGGCAGUAUCAAAGGGGGACUCUGAUUUUGUUCGGAGGGCUCUAGCUUACGGUGCUGAUCCAGACUCAAAAGACUACGACCACCGCACUCCACUCCACAUAGCCGCCGCGGAGGGCUUGUACAUGAUGGCGAAGAUGCUGGUAGACGCAGGUGCAAGCGUGUUCACAACUGACAGAUGGGGCACUACUCCGCUAGACGAGGGGCGCAAGUACGGUCGUAGGCCUCUUAUGAUGCUCUUGGAACAAGCAAAAUCGGACGAGCUAUCUAAGUUCCCCGCCCGCGGCGAUGAAGUGAGAGAUACAUUGCACCCGCGACGAUGCUCCGUGUUUCCAAACCAUCCAUGGGAUAGUGAUUCCGAGCGCGAAGAGGGGGUGGUGCUAUGGAUUCCUCACACAAUAGAUGGACUCAUCAGGUCAGCGCAGGAGAAGCUGAGCUUAUCCGGCUCGUGCUUGCGCUUGCUCGGCGAGGAUGGCGCGAGGGUGCAGGACGUCGACAUGGUUUAUGAUGGCCAGAAGCUCUAUUUGAUCGGAGUCAAUGGCGAGGGACAGAGCUAG